AUGCGACCUUUCACCUCCAUCGUGAGGCAACGUGCCGGCGCUCCCUCCACAUUAGCGACCCCUACGAAGGGUAUCCUUCGACCACCCUCUAUUCUCGGGCGCCGAAAGAGCGAACACGCUGGUCUCGAUUCCGACCUGGCCGACCCACCAUCGAGUCCCACGAAACGACGCAAGGUAUUCAUCGACGAGCUGAAUAACAAGGUGAUUGAGUUCGGUGAUAGAUCUCUCGACGAAGUCAACAUGGAGGUCCGAAAAGCUUUGGAAGAACAUCUCAUGGGCGAGGAUAGCGACUAUGACAACCUGAAGGAGAUUUUCGCCAACGACAAGCGCAAGUCGCCGUCCGACUUGGGGAGUGACAGCGUCGUGAAGCCGCAAGAGCUCAAGCUAUACAUCUUAGCUUUGACGAAUUGUGUGCCACUUCUCAAGAACCGAGCUUGUAACGGACUCGUGCGCAAUUUUCUCCAAGUGUCAUGGCUCGGUCGUGAUGAGAACUUUUAUAAGGUCUACCUCCAGCUCAUGGCGGCAUUGGUCAGCGCUCAGGGCUCCUACCUAUCGAUUGUUCUGUCCACCAUGAUGGAAAAGUUCUCACACUCCAGUUCAGCCGACUGGAGCAUACCCGAGUACCCUUCAGUAACAAGAGAAGCCAUGCGCGAGAGAUUGCACGGCGCCUUGCGGUAUCUUCUCAAGAUGUUCCCGGCUGCAACACCAGUUCUACGAACACUGAUCAGUGCCAAAUUCCCUUUUGCCGACGAUCCUCAACGAGCCCACGUCGCAUACGUUAAGAAUCUUCUGGCGCUCAAGGAAUACGUAACGGAACUCGAUUUGGAUAUCGUUGAUCUUAUCCUGCAACGGCUGGUGGCUAUCGAUGUUCAGAUGCAAGUCGACCUUGAAGAUUUAGACGACGAACUGACGGCGUCAGUCGCAUACGCUCUGGGCAAGUCGUCAAAUCCUGGGUCUUGGGAGGGUGAUGAGAUGGACCCGGGCGAAGACAAGGACGACGAUGACGACGACGACGAGUCUGUCGAUAGUGACGAUUCAGAUGUUGAUGAUCAAGAGGCCAAGGCACGAACCGUCAAGAGCAAUGUUGAGAAACUGGAUGCCAUCCUCGACACCCUCUUUGAGUAUUACACCCCGCACUUUGCCGACCCUGACUCAGACGACGCUUAUUACGAAUAUGCUCUACUGGUCCAGUCAUUCGGCAAGUUUGUGUUGCCGACGUACAAGUCGAGACAUACGCAAUUUUUGCUCUUCCACUUUGGGCAGCUCUCAGAAAGACUACGCGACACAUUCGUGGGAUCCUUGAUGCACAUCUUCACCGAACAGAACCGACCAGCUUUCGUACGACAGGCCGCAGCCACAUAUCUAGCUGGUUUUGUGGCAAGGGGAGCUCACGUACCAGGAGACUUGGUUCGGACCAUCUUCAAUCUCUUACUGGCACGAAUGAAGUCGUACAGGCUGAGGCACGAUGCACAGUCACGAGGGCCCGAUAUGAAGCGACAUCAAAUAUACUACUCGAUGGCACAGGCCAUAUUGUACGUAUACUGCUUCCGUUGGAAGGAUCUGGUCGUUUCAGUACCAGAACACGUCGAUCCGGAAGAUGCAUCGUCGUAUCUGGGCCACGAACUUGAGUGGAUCCACGGCCUCAAGGAAGAGCUUGCGAGCCACGUAUACUGCAGGAUGAACCCUCUCAAGAUCUGCUCGCCUGCUAUAGUGGACGAGUUUGCCACCCUCGCACACAAGCUGGGACUGAUGUACAUAUUCCCCCGUCUCGCGGAGAACCAACGCCUCCGGCUCUCGCAGUUUGUUUCUGAUACGUACGGCAACGGAGGUGCGUUGCGAGACACGGGCGGUGCGCAAGGGGAAGAGGCCCACCAACUGGAUCCAUACUUCCCUUUCGAUCCCUACCAACUGCCCGUCAGUAAACGUUGGGUCCAUGGCGAUUACGUGCAGUACGAGGCAGUGCCGGGGCUCAACAUGACGGCGGAGAACGACAGCAGCGAUGAAGACGACGAGGAUGACGAGCCGGAUACGGAUGUUGACGAAGAUACGGCGACAGCCAGUGAAAACGAAGACGAGGACUGA